UAUAAUUUCCUACCUUUUCUGAAACGGUGUCGUUCCGUUUUCUCCGUUUCAUGAAACGACGUCGCUCAGAUGCAACGACCGAGUAGUCAUUGAUUUUCCACCUGCAGUACUGAUACUGAUACUGAAAAUCAAAAUCAGAGCAAAUCCACUGACUCUCAUGGAGUCUGAGCUCUCAAACAAACCAACAAGGCGUCGUUCAAAGAAACGGAAGCUCUCGAAACGGCGACUGAAAAUUAAAGGGAGAAAGAGAACCACAGAAAAAGGGAUCAGCCCUCUUGUUGAGAAGUAUUGGCGUCAAAGGUACAAUCUUUUUUCGAGCUAUGAUGAUGGUAUCAAAAUGGAUGAGGAAGGUUGGUUUUCUGUUACACCUGAGGAGAUUGCAAUAAGGCAUGCCGAGAGGAGUGGGGGUGGGUGUGUAAUUGAUUGCUUUUCAGGUGUUGGAGGCAAUACCAUUCAAUUUGCUAAAAUGUGUCACCAUGUUGUUGCUAUUGACCUUGAUCCUCACAAGGUUGAAUUGGCUUUUAAUAAUGCGAAGAUAUAUGGAGUGGAAGAUUAUAUUGAUUUUAUUAUUGGAGAUUUUUUCCAACUUGCUUCAUCUUUAAAGGGAGACGUAGCAUUUCUUGCACCACCAUGGGGAGGGCCAUCGUAUAAAACAAUUCCAAAUUUUUCCCUUGAUUUACUCAAACCGAAAGAUGGGUAUUCGAUAUUUCAAGCCGCUCAAGCAAUAACACCUAACAUCAUUAUGUUCUUACCCCGGAAUGUGGACUUGCGCCAAGUGGAAGAACUUUCUUGGCUAUCUUCUCCUCCUCUAAAUAUUGAGAUUGAAGAAAAUUAUGUGCAAAACCAUUUGAAGGGCAUUACUGCUUACUUUGGGGGUACUGCAUUUGGUAAACUCAACCUUUAGCUAGCAGCCCUGGUAGACGCUUUGUAAAUAUGAUCCACCAAACGUCUCCAGCAUGUUAAUCAAAAAAUGGGUAGGUAGAAGAGAAAAUUUUAAGCUUGUUAGAUUUCUAGUUUCAGUAACAACAAUUAUCUUUAUAUAGAGGUAGAGUCCCUAGCUUGCCUUGAUAAUUUUGAAGGAUGGCUUGUGUAUCAAUGGUUUUUCCCAGUCCUGUGAAGAGGGCUGGUGGAUUUUCAUGUUAACGUACCUGUACCAUGACUUGUAGAAGUAUCCUUUUUUUUAACAAGGAAAGUUUGAUUAUCUAACUCAA